AUGGAAAGGGAAAGGGAAAGAUAUAUCUCUAUCUAUACUUAUCACAUUCAUGCUCUUCAAUUGAACCUUAUCUCUGUUGGUCAGUUAUGUGAACUUGGUCUAACCGUUACAUUUUCUGCUAAUGGUUGUUUGGUGCAGGACCCUCAGACGAGACAGAUCCUUGGAAUAGGCCGUAAGCACGGACAUCUGUUCGAGCUUCUACAUCUUCGCAUUCCACAUAAAGCAUCUACUGCUGCAUCCGUUGCUUCCUCUGCUUUAGGUCGUGUCCGUCUUGAAGAUGUCGAUUGUUUAUCUUGUCAAAUUGCUAAACAACUUGCUUUAACUUUUAAUCAAAAUUCUGGCUCCAUGCUUCCACAGUCGCCUAUGCCUAUCGUCCAUCCUGAGGAUCCCGUGUCUGCUGACAGUCCUACGCCUUCUCCAGCUCUUGUGGAGGUUUCUCCAUCUCCACCUCCCAUUGAGGUUCCUCCUCCACCAGAGCGUCACUCUACAUGGGUAAGGCAGCCUUCUGUUCUUCUCCGUGAUUACAUUGCUUUCGAUAAAACUCAUACCAGGGAUGUGGUUGAUCUUCCUCUUGGAAAGAGUACUGUUACUUGCAAAUGGAUGGAUGUCAAGAAUGCAUUUCUUAAUAGUGACCUCACUGAGGAAGUUUAUAUGCACCCUCCUUCGGGUUCUUCUGUUCCAUCAAACAAAGCUUGCAAACUUCGCCAUGCUUUGCAUGACUCCACUACUCCGGUUGAUCCUCAGACUCGUCUUACCCCCCUUGACGGUUUCCUACUGACUGAUGACACUUUAUAUCGUCAACUAGUUGGCAGUCUUGUCUAUCUCACGGUUACUCGUCCAGAUAUUGCUUAUGUUGUUCACAUUGUUCGUCAGUUCAUGGCUGCUCCUUGUUUUCCACACUAUGAUGUUCUGGUUCGCAUUUUGCGCUAUCUCAAAGGAACUCUAUUUCAUGGUCUUCACUACUCCCCCCACUCUUCUCUACAACUGCAUGCAUUUUCUGAUACAGAUUGGGCCGGGGAUCCUACUGACCAUCGUUCCACUAUUAGGUUCUGUUUUUUCUUGGGAAACUCUCUCAUUUCCUGGCAUAGCAAGAAGCAAACUCUUGUUGCUCGUUCUAGUACCGAGGCUGAGUAUCAUGCUCUUGCUGACACUACUUAA